GGCUACAUGCAACAUGUCUCUGUAUCAUGAAGCUGCGAAGAUUUUAGAUGACGUCCGAGGGGAGCGAGUUUCCAUCAAGUCACUUGUAUAUGGUCGCAAAGACUGGAAGACCGACAGCAAGACACUCUUCGCCCUCGCUACUGAGGCGGCGAAAUGGAGCAAGGUCUUGUCCGAGGUACUGGAGCGGAGUGGCGUCCUCAAGGUUGAGAAGCAGCUGAAGCCAACUUUAGCCGUCGUUCUGGUCCAUGACCUCUUCCUCUCCAAGCGAGGAAUAGCACUGCCAGCAUCUCAUGGCCUAAAUCUCGCUGUAUCAAAGCACAAAGUACGAUUGUCAGCUGAGCUUACGAAGGCACGCUUGAGACGAGGCUUUGCUACGCUCGAUGCUCUCCGCGCCAGCAUCAACGGACGCACAUCCGGACCUAGUGGCAGCGAUUCUGGCUUAAUUCCUGAGAACAGUGUUUUGGCCAAACGUCCGCGCUGGAUACGGAUCAACACUCUCAAAACCACCCUUGCUCAGGCGCUUGCUUCGACUUUCGCAGAGUACGAACAGGUCUCUAGACUGUCCGAUGUGCUCGAAGCACCCCCUCGAGAUGCGAAGAUCCUGCACAUCGACGAGCACAUUCCGGACCUUAUUGCCAUCUCCGUCGGCAUCGAUCUUACGACUAGCAAAGCAUACCGAGCGGGCGAGCUUAUACUGCAGGACAAAGCCUCUUGUUUCCCGGCAUACCUACUCGACCCGCAGCCAGGAGAUGGCGACGUAAUCGAUGCUUGUGCGGCACCCGGCAACAAGACGACGCAUUUGGCGGCACUCUCGACUACGCUACCAGGCGAGACGUGCAACAGAGGGUCAGAGAAUCGUGUGAUCGCAUGCGAGAAGGAUGCCACUCGCUCAGAAACACUACGAAAGAUGCUUCUGCUGGCUGGGGCUGAUCGGGUGGUCAGUGUGAAGGCGCGGCAAGACUUCAUGAAAAUGGACCCAACAACACCAGAGUUCGCGAACGUUAAAGCACUCCUCUUGGACCCAAGCUGCUCGGGCUCGGGAAUUGUAGGUCGAGAUGGUGUUGGCAUCCCGAUACAUCUGCCCAAUGUUGACGCCGAAGAGGGCGACACAAACGUAGGGAGAAAACGAAGCAAGAAACGCAAACGAGGUCGUGACGAUGAUCCGAAGACGAUCCCGUCGGAGGAGGACACAGCGCACACCGUCGACAUGAGCGAAGAGCAACCGAAUAUAGAAGAAGGCGAGAAGCUGAAGUCUCGAUUAGCCAACCUCUCAGCCUUCCAACUGCGUCUCCUGGAGCACGCGAUGAGCUUUCCGACAGCCCAGCGCAUCACUUACAGCACUUGUUCCAUCCACGCCGAGGAGAAUGAGCACGUUGUCAUUCGCGCGUUAUACUCCGCCGUAGCCCGAAAGUGCGGCUGGCGCAUCAUGAAGCGCCAUGAGCAGGUUGAAGGCAUGCAGAGAUGGCAUCUUCGCGGUCAUCAGAACGCAGUUGGCGUUGCAUUUACAGCGCUCGCGAACGAGCCUGGCAUUGAUGCAGAGCCACUAAGGCCUUCGGAUGUCGCUGAAGUCGCUGAAGCCUGCAUUCGAUGUGACAAGAACGGGAAAGACGGGACGAUGGGUUUCUUCGUCGCUGGGUUUGUGAGAGACGUCGGACCGCACCUAGCGAGACUAGAUGCCGUUCACGAGACUGCAGCGCAGAGUGCCGAAGCGGACGUUGAUGACUGGAGUGGCUUCGAUGGUGAUUGAUACCGACUCCAUUGCUGAACCUAACCCUUGAUGAGCGUGAAGUGUUUGAGCACCAUAAGUCGUGCCUCCUCGAGCUCAACGUGGGAUGGCAGUGCGCAAGCCCGCUCUUCACUUCGCUUGAUGAUAAUCAAAUGUGAACAUAUUUUACCAAGACUGUCACCGCUCUCGAGAUACUUGCGCCAGAGCCGAUGACUACUAUCGGUGCUAUGAGUGUUGAUAUUCAUUGUAAGAGCAUUAGUCCAAGCC